AAAUGAAGCUGUUAGGAUUACGCCUUUGAUAUCAUUACCAUUAUUUUUGGAAUCUAUUUUACUACAUAGCAAUAACAUAAUGUCAGGCGAACCAGUGAAAUUGUAUCUCUAUGAUUUGUCUCAGGGAAUGGCACGCCAAAUGUCCAUGUCCCUGACGGGAAAGCAAAUAGAUGGCAUCUGGCAUACUUCAGUUGUUGUUUAUGGCCAGGAAUUCUAUUAUGGACAAGGAAUUCUUGUGUCAUCGCCAGGCACAACUCAUCAUGGACAGCCUUUACAAAUCUUUGAUAUGGGUGAAACCCACUUACCUCUCGAAGUAUUGGUUGAAUAUAUUGACAGUCAAAGAUCUGUGUUUACAGCUGACAAGUACCAUUUACUUGAUUUCAAUUGUAAUACAUUCUCGAACGAUCUCUGCCAGUUCCUGACAGGCCAAAGUAUCCCUAGCCAUAUUAUUGAUUUACCCAAGGAAUUACUACAGACGCCAUUUGGAAAGUCUAUGCUGCCUAUGAUCGAGAAUAUGUUUGGAAAAUCACAAUUGGUGUCUGGCCCUGUUGCGCCUCAAGUCGCAACCUCCUCUUCAUCAUCAUCUUCCGCUCCUGCGAUGCCAUCAGCAGAAGCAAUGUCUCUCUUACAGGGUGUUUCUUCUGCUGCUCUUUCUGCAGCAACUCCUCGUCCUGAACCUGUCCAGAUUGCUAACAGCCUAUCUACUCUCGAAAAGUGGAUCAAAUCUUACGAUGCUGUCGUGGUCUUUUUCACUUCUGCCACAUGCCCACCUUGUCGUGUAAUAAAGCCCGAUUUUGAACGUCUGAUAGAAGAAAAGAAUCCGGCCGGAGGGCAUUCACUCAAAGUAGUAGGUGUGAUUGUCGAUACUUCGGUGGCCUACGAUGCAGGUGCAGUCUACGGAAUCCGUUCAACCCCAACUUUUAUGCUUUUCCAUAAAGCACAAAAGUUUUUUGAAUUCAAGGGUGCUGAUUAUGCAGAACUCAAAAGCUCGAUAGACUUGUUACUUUUUACUGCAUAUCCUCCUCAUCCUCACCGCAAGAUUCAGUUGCGUGCAGCAAUUGAUAAUCCAAAGAAGCCUAUAUUGUACAACCAAUCAUCCAAUACUGCUAUUGUGUUUAAGAAACUUGACGAAUUUAUGAGUCAGUCUGGCGUACAAUUGAACUCGGCUCAGAACACAGCUCUUCAAAGGGCCAAAGCCUUGAUGGAUAAAUCUAGCCAAAACACAGAUUUUGUAGUUUCUGACUGGAAAUCUACUGUUGAUACCCUCUUGGACCACCUACCAGUAAAUCAAAUAUUCCCAGUUCUUGAUAUCUCACGCUGUCUUAUGGUUCUUCCAAAUGUUAUUUCUUUUUACGAAACCGAUUGCUCUCAGAUAGUACGAAUUUUGGAUUUGGGUUAUCAGCAAGAAAACGUGCCAAAGGCAACACUUCUUAUGAUCCUUCGAUUGGCAUCGAAUCUGUUUGCCAGCCACAGCUUAGUGACUUCUCAAUUCACUUCUCAUCUUCCUUCUUCUCAUCGUGGAUCUCUCACCCAGUUACUUAUUGCCACACUCUUGUCUCAAGACAAUUUGGUCCGUCAGACAGCUGCAUCUUUGGCUUUCAAUUGUUCUACUGUGGUUGCUACCCAGCGCCUCCAAAAAGAGGAAAACGAUGGUGAGCCCACCGGAACUGCUGACCAAGAGGACGAUGACUGGCAAGUAGAGAUUGUCAGUGCACUCACAGACGCAUUGUCAAAGGAGACCGAUGAAGAGAUUGUACUUCGAUCUUUGGCUGCAAUCUCCAACUUUUUGUUUUUGGUUCCUGUGGAUGCUUCUCUCCCACAUCUUUUGUCUGCACUAGAUAUUAAGUCUAUAUUGGACAGCAAGAAAGAGAUCAAAUCAGCUAAAGUACUCGGGCUGUCAAAAGACAUUGGAAAUAUGAUUUCUCAGAGUAUUCAAUCUUAGAUAAAUAUAAAUAUAAAUACAUACGUUUAUAUAUAUAUAUGAAUUGCGCUCAAUCUCUGAAGUAUCCUUAUAAAAAACAGUAAAAAGAAAUUUCCUUUAGGUCUAUACUUCUUCCAUAAGCUGGGAUAAUUCUAUAUAUACUUACAAAAAAAAGCAUUAUUACUUUGUAAA